AUGCGUCCUCACCAGACGAGCAUCGAUGUUGACGACUCCUUUGCUCGGCCCCAUGACAUUCAGAAACACUCUAAAUGGCCUCUUUUCUUGCGGCUUCAAGGUAGUAUCCUUCCCAAGCUUAUUGUGCCAGUUACAUUUAUCGCUCUAUGGGCCACCGGCAUCACGUGGGUUCAUAAGGAGGGCCCCUCUAUCAGUCUUGGUACUACUAACGUCCUCCUUACUGUGAUUGGUUUCGUCGUCGGUCUUGGGCUUUCUUUCCGUAGCUCGACCGCCUACGAGCGGUAUGCUGAAGGGCGCCGGUACUGGAGUCAGUUGACUGUGACGUGCCACAAACUCGCGCGGACUAUCUGGAUUCAUGGCAAGGAGCGCUCUGAUUCUGUCAGGGAGGAUGUACUCUCCAAACUUACCGCCAUUAAUUUGCUCGUCACUUUUGCUGUUUCCCUGAAGCAUCAGCUUCGAUUUGAGCCUUACGGAAACUUCAAAGAUUUGAAAGAUCUUGUCGAGCACCUCGAUACCUUUGCCCAACAGGUCUCAAAUGAUGACCUUAACCAUUUCAAGAACAAAGGGAUAUUGAAGCGGAUAGGCGAGGGCCUUGGACUCUCUUUUGCCUAUUCUAAUCCCCGGAAGGCAAUGAAGCGGACGAAGGGCCCGCUGGGAAGUCUACCGCUUGAAAUAUUGUGCUACCUGAGCGCAUAUCUCGACUCGCUCUGUGAGAACGGUCAGCUGCCGAUUGCGAUGCAACAGAACAUAGCCUACAAUAGUGUGGCUUCACUGAAUGACGUGUUGAUAGGCUGCGAGCGUGUCCUUAGGACACCUCUCCCGAUCGCCUACGCUAUUGCUAUUCAUCAGAUCACGUGGCUGUACCUCAUGCUCCUACCAUUUCAGCUAGUGGACGGGUUAGACUGGGCCACAAUCCCUGCAACGGCUGCUGCCUCUGGCAUUAUCUUGUCGAUUCUCUACAUAGGCGGCGAGAUAGAAAACCCCUUUGGUACAGAUGUCAAUGACUUACCCCUUGAGACGUAUUGUGCCCAGAUUGUCAGAGAUCUUGAGAUCAUGACUUCACGCCCAAAGCCCGUCUGGGACGAGACUUCGAAGAGCCGCAGAAAUAAGGUGCUCUUUCCACAUAGCAAUUUGUCCUAUGAGGACUGGGCCACCCUUUCUGAGGGCGCUCUACGCCACACUCUGCGCAAUCGCCCAUUCUGUACUUUUUGUCCCGGGCCUACCUGCAUGGAUAGCUCGACCCACCAAGGUAACCCGACAGUUGAUGAAGGGUAG